AUCAUUAAUUAAGCAAGCAUCAUGUAUCCCCGGGAGAUUGAUUGGUGCCAUGAUUUGAGUAGAUGGACCUACGAGGAGGAUAAGGAGCUAAUUCGCUUGCGCCUCCAUGAACAUGAUCGUCGAUACUCCGUCAGAUACGUGGCGAGGGAUGAUUUACAAAUUUGGAAUAUUAUUGAAUCAACGGGACUAAAACUACAUCGACUACCAGCUGAGAUUUUUUUGGAUGAAUGGUCGACCAUGGGACGUAAAAGACCUACGAUACGAAAAUUAAUAAACUUGUUAAUUCAAAUUGAACUAUUCAGAGCGGCUGAUUAUCUAGAUAUUGGAGUACUGAACGAAGAGCCACCCAAACGGCCCCAAAAUGGUCCAGCAGCGCCCAUUGAUUUUUUUGUAAAUUUCGAGGGAACUCCCGAGAAUCACAUUACUAUGGAUACCAGCACGUUCAAAAAAAAAAAUUAUGAAGCGCCGUCGAUAAAUAAUGAUAACUCACAGUACGUUUAUGAAGAAGAAAAAUUUCAUGCCGAAAAUGUAUCAAAGUUUCCGUUCAAUAGUAAAUCCGAUUUAAUGAAGUUCAGUUCAAGUUCCUUUGAAGAAAAAAAUAAUUGUGAUAUUAAGUAUGGAGAGGAACAGGAAGAAAAUGUUUUACCUAACUUUAAAGAAUUGAAUAUGCAUAAUAAUCAGCAGAGUAAUGUAAGCAAUAAAGGAAACAUAAAGUCAGAAAAAUCAUCUGAUUCCAUAAUUUCGGAAAGUUCUGAUCAAUCGACAUGUGAAUCUUCUUAUCCAUCAUCAAGCUCAAGUCAGUCUGCUGUUAAUCCACAUAAUUCUAUUUUCUUGAGUGAUAAUUUGCCUGUAAUUAUAAAAGAAAUUAAUGGACAAGACACUAAUUGUGAGUCGAUUCAAUAUUCUUAUUCAAAAGAGUCGUACCAGAAUUUACCAUUACCUAUAUUAGAGUACAGAGGGUAGGUAUAUGAUAAAAUAAUAAUAAAUUAAUUAAUUAAAUUAAAAGACCUAAUUAUU